CACAGCUCUGUCUGACAGUGUGAGGCGUCAGCUCUCAGAGCAUUGCAACAGGUUCCUGUGAGUGCCGGUUAGGGUAACCACACCAGCACUGUGCUGCACUUUCCGGAGUACACUGAAGAAGAAAGAAUUGAAACAUUUAAACAAAAAAGGCAUGAAAGAAUAUGACACGCACACCUGGAGGCUCCUUAGUACAAUUUAAAUUACAAACUAGAAAGGGCACGGCUCCUAAACUUUACUGUAUGUGAAAGUGACAAAUGUGCCGCCUCUUGGACUUCAUGGACACUGGCAGAGAUUCCUUCACAGCAGUUUUGUUUUCACCUGCUUGUACUGGACUGACUGAAUAGCAUCAUGACAGAGGAGAACGGAGCGGUGACCCACAACGGCACAGCGAAGGCGCCAGAGGAGCUGAAGAUAGUGAUCGUCGGGGAUGGAGGUUGUGGCAAGACCUCCCUGCUCAUGGUCUACGCUAAAGGGGAUUUCCCAGAGAAAUACGCUCCCUCUGUGUUUGAGAAGUAUGUUUCCAGUAUCAAAGUCGGGAACAAGGAAAUCAACUUGAACCUUUACGACACAGCAGGUCAAGAGGACUACGACAGGCUCCGCCCACUCUCCUACCAGAACGCCAACCUCGUCAUUGUCUGCUAUGAUGUCACCAACCCCACCAGCUUUGAUAACGUCUUAAUCAAGUGGUUUCCAGAGGUAAACCACUUCUGUGUCGGAGUCCCCAUCAUCCUCAUCGGCUGCAAGACAGACCAGCGGAAAGACAAGGAGCGCACACGGAAACUCAAAGCUUCUGAUCAGGAGCCCAUUACCUAUCUGCAGGGUGAAGAGACUGCACAGCAGAUUAACGCCGAGAUGUACUUGGAGUGUUCCGCCAAGUUCAGGGAAAACGUUGAGGACAUUUUUAAAGAAGCCACAAAAACAGCUCUGAGCGCCAUGAAGAAAGCGAAGCAACGGAAGAGGAAACACAGGCACUGCGUGGUGCUGUGAAACCCCGCGCCUGCAGCGGGAGCAGCAUUCUCCACUGUGGGGCAACAGCAUGAAGAAAAGGAGAUUUCUUUUUAAAAAAAACUCUGCUAUAGCAUACUUUCUUGCAAUGCACCUGGAGCAAUGAUCACGUGUUUAACUUAAAACUUAAUAAUAUUGAAACAUCCGACCGAGCUGCUUAUAGCACUGUAUUUCUGAAAAGUUCAUGCAGCCUAUUCUACAGCAGUGUAAGACAUUUAAAAAAAAAGAUUCAUUUAAAAGUGCCCAUUUAUUUAUUUAAAGAUGGUUUUAUGGAUGACAUCCAGUUUUCGUAUUCAUGAAACGGUUCUACUCUUUGAAACAACACUCUAGCAGUUUCAUGAUUUGUGUGAUUUGUGAACUGGGCUCCACAAGAAAAAGGGUAUACAACAGCCUGAUGGAGCUAAAGAGUUGCUGCAUUGAAUAUCUGUGCAGUCUGGAGGGGAGACCUGCAGACAUUGUGCCCUGAAGAAGCAAAGACAAAGCCCGUGGUCUCCUGCCUCAGCCAGUCCGAAUUGCUGUGUUGUCAUUGAGUGGAGACAUGGCUAUCUCAAGCCUGGUGUUUGGAUUUCUGCUGGGCUCAGUCAAGGCUGCUCUACCUACAUUCUCAGCCAACUCCACGACUGUUUGAGGAACACCUUAUCUGGAGCAUUUCAGUGUUCAAUAUAAACCUCUUUUUAUUUUUAGUAUUAUCUGGUAACCUUGGCUCCAGUGUUGGAAGGAAUGUAUUAUUAUUAAUAACAUUAUUAUAUUUUUAAAAUGUGUGCGCUUUACAUGGGCAAUACUUCACAGGAAAUAAAGUGUAUUUUUUCCCCCUCGAUCAUAUUAAUUAUGUUAAGGUCAGGUAAAAACCAGUACAAAAUGACUUGUAAUUAUCACAGAGUUAAGGUAAAGUAUUACAAUGUUUUGAUUUAUUUUUUGUGAAGAUUGUAAGAUACUUCUAAUAGACCACAAGUACAGAAAUGUUUUAAAUUGAAAUAAAAAAAGAAGCACCACCACAAGUCUUCAUGCUGCUGAGCUCCAAGUAUGAACUUCAACGACAUGACAAACAGCACACUGUAUGAAAAUCUGUUAAGCAACACUGUCAUCAAGCGUGUCCUUUUCCAGUGUGAACUGUGCUACAACAGCACUUGCUUAAUUAGUCAGGCACACAAUCCUAAUUAGUUCAGUUCUGACAUUUGACAGCAAUUGUUUUUAAACCUAUGCAGCAGGGUCCAAUGUUUCAUUUUCACUGAAAUCAAUAUGAACAGAACAUGGGACAGAAAUGAAGUUUGCAAAACUGCUCAAUACUUUGUUGAGCAGAAUGUGGUGAAUAUAAAUGUCUAGAAAUACCAAAUGAUGUGUGUAUGUUUCAUAUCCGUGUACAACAUUAUUUCAUCUUGUAUUCCUAGGACUUUUUUUUUAAUAAAAGGAAGUUAAAACUGUU